CACACAAACUAAUUCUUAUCAAGGCUAUGCAUUGUCUGACAGACCUAAGAGUGAUUUUCAACAAUAAAAACCUUUUCCUUUUUGGUUCCAUUUAAUUAAAGUAUCUUUGGGUAACUAUAUUAGAAGUACUUAAAAGUAGAGGGGCUAACAAAUGCAAUGGAGUUCUCAUGAGUGAUAUCUUCAUCAAGCAAUUUUCUCCUUCACUUUAGUAAGCUACUCCUCUCACAAUAAGGAAGCUCUAUUAUUGUUUGCUGCAGUGUGAGGUAUUUCUUUAGACAAUAACUUCCCCAAAAAGAAGGAAAAACUGGUACUAUAUUCAGUCAGCUUCAUUUCUUUAGUAAAAUGGCCUGUAUUAAUGUUUAAAUUUACAUGGAAUUGCAUUCCCAUGUUGAACCCAUCUUCCAAGUUGUUAAUACCCCAUUAGCUUCUCUAAGCUUGAAAACACAUGGGCAACGUUAGGGUUUUAGCUUUCUAUAUCACAAUAUGCUGCAUAGCAUUCAUUGUGUCCAAGGUCAUCAUUUCAUUUCUCCUCUACCAGAGAUGGAAGAGAAAGCACAGCAUUUUCCAGGACAGCAUAUCAGUUGGGAAGAUGGUGAUUUUCAGGUCAGAGUUGAUGCGAUGUCUGACAGAGGAUGUGUUUCUGAAGAAGACGAUGAAGCUGACGAAUAAGGAUAUACUGGGUUCAGGAGGGUAUGGGACGGUGUACAAGCUCACGGUGAAUGAGUCGAUUGCAUUUGCAGUAAAGAGAUUGAAUAGGGGGAGUGAGGAUAGAGACAAGGGGUUUGAGAGAGAGUUGAAAGCAAUGGGAGAUAUCAAGCAUAGGAAUAUUGUAACUCUUCAUGGCUACUUCAGAUCGCCUCAGUACAAUCUUCUUAUAUAUGAGCUAAUGCCAAAUGGAAGUUUAGAUGCAUUACUUCAUGGAAAAUCAAGCAACAAGAUGACUCUGGACUGGCAUUCGAGAUACAAAAUAGCAGUGGGUGCAGCACGGGGCAUAUCGUAUCUUCACCAUGACUGUAUCCCUCACAUAAUUCAUAGAGAUAUCAAAUCCAGCAAUAUACUGCUUGAUGAUAACAUGGAAGCUCGAGUUUCAGACUUUGGACUAGCCACAUUAAUGGAACCAGAUAGGACUCAUGUUUCCACAAUUGUGGCUGGGACCUUUGGGUAUUUGGCUCCAGAGUAUUAUGAAACAGGUAGAGCAACAGCAAAAGGGGAUGUUUACAGCUUUGGGGUUGUUUUGCUUGAGCUCCUAACAGGUAAAAGACCGAUGGAUGAGACGUUCAUUGAGGAAGGGACUAAACUGGUGACCUGGGUGAAAGCAGUUGUUGAUGAGAAGAGGGAAGAGCAAGCAAUUGAUUGUAAUUUAGAUUCAUGUCCUGUGGAAGAAGUCAACCAAGUAUUCUAUGUUGCACUAACAUGCCUAGAAUCCGAGCCAUCAAAGCGACCAACCAUGGCUGAGGUUCUCAAGAUGCUUGAGGAGAUAAAAUCAAAUAAACAUGUUUCCUAAUGUAACACUUGCAUUGCAUCAUGCUUUUGACAACAAAAA